UUGGCUUUCCGGAAGCCAGUCACGUGAGCUUUAAACGUUAUAAAUAGAGGUUGCAACGCGAGCCCGUCGCUACACGAGCGCAGAUGAGAGGGAUAGUAUGGCGUCCACUAGCCGUGUAGAUGCUCUUCCUAAGGUUCAGUGCCCUAAUCACCCCGACGCCCUGCUGGUGGAGGACUACCGCGCCGGCGACAUGAUCUGCCCCGAGUGUGGCCUCGUCGUCGGUGACCGUGUGAUCGAUGUUGGCUCCGAGUGGAGGACGUUUACGAAUGAGAAAGCUACCAAAGACCCGUCACGUGUCGGUGACGCCCAGAACCCGCUCCUGAACGGAGGAGACCUGACGACGAUGAUCGGAAAGGGAACAGGUGCCGCAAGUUUCGACGAGUUCGGUAACUCGAAGUACCAGAACCGGCGGACGAUGAGCAGCUCAGACCGAGCCAUGCUGAACGCCUUUAAGGAGAUCAGCACUAUGGCGGACCGGAUCAACCUGCCCCGCAACAUCGUCGACCGUACGAAUAACCUGUUUAAGCAGGUUUAUGAACAGAAGAGUCUGAAGGGCAGGAGUAACGACGCCAUCGCUUCAGCCUGCCUCUACAUCGCCUGCAGACAGGAGGGAGUGCCCCGAACCUUUAAAGAGAUCUGCGCCGUGUCCCGGAUUUCCAAGAAGGAGAUCGGCCGCUGCUUCAAGCUGAUCCUGAAGGCUCUGGAGACGAGCGUGGACCUCAUCACCACCGGAGACUUCAUGUCCCGUUUCUGCUCCAAUCUGGGCCUGCCAAAACAAGUGCAGAUGGCGGCCACCUUCAUCGCCAGGAAGGCUGUGGAGCUCGACCUGGUGCCGGGACGCAGCCCGAUCAGUGUGGCUGCCGCCGCCAUCUACAUGGCGUCUCAGGCCUCGGCCGAGAAGAAGACGCAGAAAGAAAUCGGAGACAUAGCCGGAGUAGCCGACGUCACCAUCCGCCAGUCAUACCGACUCAUCUACCCCCGGGCCGCCGAUCUCUUCCCUCCAGACUUCAAAUUCGACACGCCGGUGGAUAAACUGCCUCAGCUGUGAAGCACCAACACUCGCGCACACACACCAAGUUCUUCCUAUUCUGGUUUUCUUUUGUAUUUGAUUGACAAGACAAGGGUUUUGCUCUUUUUCCUCUCCUCUGGCGACUUGUUUUUUUUUUGGUGAUUAAACCCACAGUGCAUAAACAGGAUACACAUUCCACGGUUUAACACCCCCCCGCUCCCCCCCAUGUGUUUCAUCUGUGUGUAUAUAGUUACUGUACAUAAGUCACAUGACAAUUUAAUUGGUGGACGCAACUAAGCUGAAUUUCAUACUGUAAACUUUUUCUUUUGUAGGAAAUGAGCCAGUUAUUUUGUUUAGUGUGUUUGCAUUGUAUUUAGUAAUUUAAAACAAUAAAUGCUUUUCAGAAAAGCAA